AUGGGUAAGGGGAAGCUCCACAUUAACAUUUUGGUCAUGGGCCAUGCUGAAUCUGGCAAGUCAACCACGACUGGCCAUCUUAUCUACAAGCUUGGAGGAAUUGACAAACGUGUUAUGGAGAGGGUUGAGAAGGAAGCUGCUGAGAUGAACAAGAGUUCAUUCAAGUAUGCUUGGGUGCUUGACGAGCUCAAGGCUGGAAGUGAGCGUGAUAUCACCAAUAUUGAUAAGGCGAUGUGGAAGUUUGAGACAGACGAGUACAAUUUCACUGUCACUGAUGCUCGUGGGCAUCCCGACUUUAUCAACAACAUAAUCACCGGGGCUUGGCAAGCUGACUGUGCUAUUCUCAUUGUUGAUUCCACCAAUACUGGUGGUUUUGAAGUUGGUACUUUUGAGCCUGAAUUGCUUGCUUACUUCCUUGGUGUCAAGCAGAUGAUCUGUUGCAUCAAUAAGAUGGAUGCGACCACUCCCAUUUACUCAAAGGGGAGGUACGAUGAAAUUGUAAAGUCAACCUCUUACUACUUGAAGACGAUUGGCUAUGACCCAGUCAAGAUUCGUUUUGUUCCCAUCUCAGGUUUAGAAGGGGACAACCUGAUUGAGAGGUCGAAUAACCUUCCCUGGUACAAGGGUUCAACUCUCCUUGAAGCACUUGACCAGAUUCAGAAGCCUAAGAGACCCUUUGACAAGCCUCUUAGGCUACCAAUUCAGGAUGUUUACAAGAUCGACGGCGGAAUUGGAACCGUCGUAGUUGGUCGCGUAGAGACAGGAACACUCAAGGCGGGUAUGAAGGUCACAUUUGGCCCAACUGGACUCACCGCUAAAGUCAAGUCUAUUGAAAUUAAUCAAAAGGCUGUUGAAGAGGCCUUGGCUGGUGACAAUGUUAGUUUCAAACUGAAGAAGAAGAUCGAUCCAAAGGAUCUAAGGCGUGGGUAUGUUGCAUUCAACUUUAAAGAUGAUCCUGCUAAACAAGCUAUUAGUUUCACAUCCCAGAUCAUUAUCACCAACCACCAUGUAGGCCAGAUUUCUGAAGGAUAUACGCCAAUUAUUGAUUUCUGCAGCUGUAGUGGUGCUGUAGAGAUUGAGAAAUUCCAUAGCAAGAUUGACCCGACCACCGGCAUGGAGGUUGAGAAAGAGCCUGAAUUUUUGCAGAAGGGUGAUGCAGCGAUUGUGGAGAUGAUUCCCAAAAAGCCAAUGGUUGUGGAGACUCUCGGCGAGUGUCUACCACUGGGACGGUUUAUGAUCCGUGACAAGGAACUGAUUGUUGGUGUUGGGGUUGUUAAAAGUGUGGAGAAGAAGGAAUAUCCUAAUAAAGGUAAGAGCACAAAGUCUGCUUUCAUGGAGGGUUGUAAGAAAUUUGGGGCUGCUAUGGCUAAUGGAGGAGAGAAAUUUUGGGCUGCUAUAGCUAACGGAGGUAAGAAAUUUGGAAAUGUUUUGGUUAAUGGAUUUGUUGCAGCAGGGGUGCAGCUUGCUCUACAUUACAUUAACUGA